AUGUUCGUAUUUCUUGGACAUCUUGGCGACGCUGGUGCGGAGGAGCUCUACCUCUGGCUGGAGAUUGACAUAUGCCGAAGGUUUUCUUUGGGAGGUACCCAUGCGGGGGGUAUGGUGCUGAGUAUCGUGACUAUCCUUGGUCGGCAUAGCAGAGUGUGGGGUGUAGAAGAGGCGACGGGGCUUGAUGGGAGAAGGAGCCAACUGAACUGGGAAGUGAAAGUGGGAGGUUUGUACAAAGUUUCGAUGUGGGACUUUGUGCAAAUCGCCGUGGUGGUGACACGUGUCUUGAAGAUUAGGUUUGGUAGUUUGGGAUCUUCGGCAGUCGAGAGCUUCAGCAGGUGUCUGGCACCUCGGAAGAGUAUCUUCCUUCGGCAGGGGAGAAGGCGUGUCUGCCUUUGUGCUAGUCAUUUUGAGGCUGGAUAUGCUUGGUUGAUUACGGUGUAA